UUCGAAAACCCAUAUAACAAGGUUUGCUUCCGCUCUUUAAAUUUUGCACUGAACUGCUCUAGCUUCUCUGCUAUCUUCUGAUUAUCUUAUUUGUCUAUCUACUGAAAAUUCACGGGUCCGAUUUUUCAAUUCAGGAUCUACAAAAUAAGCCUGGUUUUGUUUAGAAUCUAGGCUUAUUUCUCUUGAAUCAGUGAACGAAUUGUUCCUGGAAAGCCAAGAACGUAAAAGAGUUUUCUUUAAUGAUUCAGCUCUUUCUUGACCGAUUAUCGACGUAAUUCUAUGGGAAUUGAUUCUUUUGUGAGAUACUCUGGUUUGUGUCUUUGAAACUAGUUCAAAUUUGUUAGGGAAAUUAAUAUUGAAAAACCCUAGAUCUCUGAAAAUAGGCCGUUCAUCUCCUAUCUCUUGGAUUUAAUAGGCGGUUGAUCUCUUAUCUCUUGGAUUUUGAUGGAAGCUGUAUUUGAAAAGAAAGAAAACCCUAGAAGAAACUUUGAGGAGUUCCCGUAAAUUGUAGAUCUUGAAUCAGAGCCCUUUUUUAGACACAGUUGUGACUUAUAAUGGAUAUUUAAACAUUUGGAUCUUGAUUCACUCCGUCUUUAAUAGUCCUUUCUUUAAGGACUCACAGUGUCUUUGAUAGCCUGAUUUCGUUAAGGUUAUUGAAGCAGGAAUUCCUGUUAUACAUUUUUUCCGUCAAGGUAAUUCUAUGCACUUUGGUCGAUAUUACCGAUUUUCUCUCAACCCUAAGGAAAAGGAAAGUCUCACAAGAAUGUCACAAAAUCAAGAACCGAUUGAAGACAUGGAGGAAGGAGAGAUAUCAGAUCAAGAUGUUGUUCAGGAACUAUUUAUGGAUGAUCUCAACCAAGAGGAAAUAAAUACUACUGAUUCUAGGGUUUCGAAUGAUUUAAACCAGGAUUCCUCAGUCUUUCUAGAAGAAAGUAAAAAACAGAAUCAGUGGGGUUUCAAUUUGUUAAAAUUACCACAUUCUUCGGGGAUUUAUGGCACCGAUCUUUACAAUUUUGCCUGGGCACAGGCUGUUCAGAAUAAGCCGCUAGAGGGCAUUGGAUUGAAGGAUUUCAGACCUGAGCUUGAAUACCAGGAUAAAUAUAUGGGUUAUGGAAUUGACAAUGAAGACUUGAUUGAUGAGAAAGCUCACCGGAAGGGAAGAUUAGAACAAAACAAGGAUUACAGAAAUUCAGAUGCUAUGAAUUUUAUGGAAGAAGCUGAAGACAAUCACCGGGAGAAAGAAGGUGCGAUUGAAGCUGACAAUCGUCGGGAUAAAGGAGAUGAGAUUGAGGAGGGUGAAUUGGAAGAAGGGGAGAUAGAAUUAGAUUCUCCUUUGUCUGGUUCUCAUCUCCUUGAAAAUUCUUUGCAAUCUGAAAAAAAGAAAGAGGGAUCACCAGAGAGAAAAAAUAUUGACUUGGAUAUUUUGCCAAUUUCUAAGAAUGACUAUGAUGAGCUGAGGUCAAGUUUAAUGGAGAAGGAGUUGGAGAUGAAGAUCGCUUCAAUUGGAGAGAUGCUAAAGGCAGUUACUAUUCAGGAUGCUAAUAAGUCGAUACGAGCAGUGUGUUAUCAUUUGAAGAAUUCUAUGGAAACUAUGCAUCAGAUAGCUACCCAAGUUAAAAGUCUAUCAAAGAAUAGAAUUACAGAUCAACUGGAUUUCUUUCUACAUCUUGCUUUUGCGGGUAUCCAAUCUUCAUAUUCUGUUUAUCGGAAUACACGAUUCAGGCUGCAGGAGGAAGAUACAAAUGCUUUCUUAAGGCUGCUGAAAUUUGUAAAAUUCCAGACUCAUACUCUAUUUAACCGUAGACAAAUGGAAGAGUUAGAAGGGAUGCUUUUCUGGGUUGAAUCAGCUGUAGUAGAUCGACAAAAAGAGACACAAGCUAAUUUUGAAUGUGUUACAAAUCAAGGAAGAGAAAAUAUGAUGAAAAAUCAGGAUAACCCCAUGAUUAACUUCUUCCCCAGUGUUAUAACUGAUGGGGGGAGUACCCAUCGUACUGGCAUUCUUCCCAAACCAUUUGCUCAAAAUCUGGUACCAAAUAACCCAGAUUUUAUGGUUAAUGGUGAUCCAGUUUUUAAUAGCUUUGAUAAUGGAACUGGUGGUGAUUCAAAGCCUCGUAAAACACAAGAGAACUUAUCAGUUACAGAUAAAAAAGAGAUGAAUAAUAACAAGCUUAAUGUUCAAGGGGGUAAUGAACUCAGCCUUUCCAUGCCUAUAUUCAAAGAUCCUUCAAACCUUCAAGGGAAUCAGCCUUCCCUUUUACCAUUUUCCAAGAAUGGUACUGGGAGUAGGCAUGUUGAAUGUGAAGACACAGUAUAUCCUUCUGUAAAUGAUGCCCUAAAGGCUUUCUCUACCUACCAACAAAAAUUUGGGCGAACAUCUUUUUUAUCAAAUAACAAGCUGCCAAGCCCUACUCCAUCUGACGAAUGUGAGGGUGAAGAUACAGAUGCUCAUGGGGAGGUCUCAAGCACUGGAGAGAGUAAGACACCUGAACCUGAUAGGGUCUCAAGCUCUGGAGAGUUUAAGAUUGCUGAGCCUGUUACGGAUGUUGUCCAGACAUCAGGACGCAACGCGAGUAACAGUCUUCUCCAGAAAUCAGAACCUAUUACGAGUAACAAUCUUCAUGGUUUGAAUCCUUCAAUUUCCUUCCAGUCAAUACAAGUCAAGGAAGUUAUGCCCGAAGGGAACUCGGCUUUUGGGUCAAAUCCUUUAAUAAAGAGUCAGCCAAGGAGAAGUAGGGAUCCGAGGCUUGCGAACACCAAUUCUGAAGCGGGCAGCAGUUUUGAUCUUAACAAGCAUCCUGCUUCUAUUGAUCCUGGUAAUGUGAAACCCAUACAACCUAUACUUAAUGGUGGCAUUUUAGGUAGUCGAAAGACCACGAUUGUUGAGGAGGCUGUGCUUGAUGGUCAUAGCUUGAAACGGCAAAGAGGCUUGUCAUAUGGUGGGCAGGUGAUACCUGGUAGAGGUGGCUGGUUGGAAGAAAACACUCCUGGUGUUGUGCCUAGUUCGAAGGAACAAAGGGUGGAAAUCGGUGAUUCUAUGAAGGAGAGACCAGUAAAACCAGAAAAUGGCGCGGUUUUGGGUUCAGAUAUGAAACUUGAUGGUAAUAGUAAUGCAAAUGUCUCAACUGCUGUUAGGCCAGGUAUGGGGCCAGGCUCGAGCAAUAUGGGAGGUGCUAUGUUACCCAAUUUGGGAAACAUAGCCUCAUUGCCAGAUUUGAUAAAGGAUAUUGUUACAAACCCAAAUAUGAUUUUACAGUUAAUCCAGAAGGAACAACAAAGAUUAGGGGCUUUUCAGAAGCCGGUUAAUCCACUGCCACAAAAUCUUUCCUCUUCAAGCUCUACUUGUACAAUGAUGCCAUCGAGUACUGGGGCUCCAUUAAAAUCUUCAGACGUUCAGCAGAGACCUGCGUUGCAACCUCAAAUGCCUCCUCAAACAGCAUCCAUGAGCUUUAUGAAAGAAGAUGUGGGGAAACCCCGAAUGAAACCCCGUGAUCCUCGACGAAUUCUUCACACCAAUUUGAUUCCAACAAAUGUGAGCUCUACACCACAACCUAAACCUAAUGGAACUGACCCAUCAACCAUUCAUACCGGUACAAUUACCCCAAGCAGCCGAGAAUCGAACAUGCCAGUGAACCCAACAUCUUCACUUCCUUUGUCCACUAAUUUACCUGAUAUAACUCAACCAUUCACCAAAAAGCUAAUGAAUAUUGCUGAUAUUUUGUCUGGAAAGCAAGUGGCAAACCCCUUAGGCUUACUGCCCCAAGUCGUCUCGCAACCAGCUCAACUUAAGACUGCAAUGGAGGAUGGUUUGGUGCCCCCCAAUAUUGUUAUGGGCACCUCUUUGCCAGAGAAAACUGCAGUAGAUUCUUUGGAGUCAGAGAACCCAUGGGGUGAUGUGAACCAUCUUUUAGAAGGCUUGGAUGAUAAACAGAGGCAAGCAAUCCAGAAGGAACGGGCUAGAAGGAUCGAGGAGCAAAACAAAAUGUUUUCUGCCAGGAAGCUCUGCCUCGUGUUGGAUCUUGACCACACUCUUCUUAAUUCUGCCAAGUUCAUAGAAGUCGAUCAAGUCCAUGAUGAGAUCUUAAGAAAGAAGGAGGAGCAAGACCGGCUCAAGCCUCGCCGUCACCUCUUCCGCUUUCCACAUAUGGGGAUGUGGACCAAGUUGCGACCGGGGAUUUGGAAUUUUCUUGAAAGGGCUAGUAAGCUUUAUGAGCUGCACCUUUACACAAUGGGAAACAAGGUAUAUGCCACUGAGAUGGCAAAGGUGUUGGAUCCCACUGGGUCAUUAUUUUCAGGGCGUGUUAUCUCAAAGGGUGACGAUGGUGACCCAUUUGACGGGGAUGAGAGGUUGCCUAAAAGCAAGGAUUUAGAUGGGGUUUUAGGGAUGGAAUCUGCAGUUGUUAUCAUUGAUGAUUCUGCCAAGGUCUGGCCCCAUCACAAGCACAACUUGAUCGUUGUUGAGAGGUAUACAUAUUUUCCCUGUAGCAGACGUCAGUUUGGACUGCAUGGGCCAUCUCUUCUCGAGAUUGACCACGAUGAAAGGCCUGAGGAUGGCACUUUGGCUUCAUCUUUGGCGGUUAUUGAAAAGAUACAUGAGAGCUUCUUCUCUAAUCGGUCCCUGAAUGAGGUAGAUGUGAGAGAUAUUCUAGCAUCUGAACAGCAAAAGAUACUAAAAGGGUGCAAAGUGGUGUUUAGUAGGGUCUUUCAUGUUGGUCUCGCAAACCCUCAUCUUCACCCACUUUGGCAAACAGCUGAGCAAUUUGGUGCGAUUUGCACCAACCAGAUUGAUGAUGAGGUCACUCAUGUUGUGGCUAUUUCUCUUGGCACUGAUAAGGUUAACUGGGCUAUAUCUACGGGUAGAUAUGUGGUCCAUCCUGGAUGGUUGGAAGCCUCAGCCCUGUUAUAUAGGCGAGCGAAUGAGCGGGACUUUUCCAUUAUGCCCCCUCCACCAUCAUCAUGACAAUCCAUUCUUCAAACCCAAAAUACACGAAGCAUCUAACUAAACCCAACUUAACUUGCUGCCUUUCAAAUCUGCUAAACUAAAACCCUGCUUUGUCACUGACAAAACAAAACUCGGAAACACGAAGUGAAGUGAGGUUACUGUCACUUUGCCCUUUCCUCACCUAAAGAAACCCACCUCGUCCUCAUGUGAAGCUUUUCAGGGACAAGAAGAAGCCACAACAGGAAACCUAUGCACUUACAAAUCUCAAAUCUUGAAGCUCAACCUGAAAACAGACCGGAAGAACCAGGUUAGGAACCUGAAAAUCUAGCCUGUGAGACCAGAAAAUUUGGAGAGCUAGCUCAACCUGAAAACCGACCAGAAGAACCAGGUUAGGAACCUGAAAAUCUAGCCUAUGAGACUAGAAGAUUUGGAAAAUUUGGAGAGCCAGAUUGAGUAUUUCCCAUUAAAAGUGGUCAUAUGAAGUCACCUGAAAAUCAACAAGAAGAACCAGGUUAGGAACCUGAAAAUCUAGCCUGUGAGACCAGAAUUUGGAGAGCCCAGAGUGAGUGAAGAUUCUUUCCCAUUAAAAGUGGUCAUAUACACAUACAGAUUGAUAAAACAUACAUAUAAUGGGAGAAAAUUGCCACAGCAUGUAAGCUUGGAUUGGCCAGAAAGUUCGGUGAUUCCCAAAAAAAAACAAGUGGGAGGUGAAAAAGUAAUAUGUGAUCGUAGAAAAAUACAAGAAACAUGGGAGGUGAAACAUGGGAGGUGGGAAAUUCAGCUAAGUUAAAAAGGCACCCGUUACCAUCAUUUCCCUAAAAUUGGAUUUCGUUGAAGUGAUGCUUUUUGGUAAUUUAAAGAAUUUGAAGCAUAUUCAAAAGGUAAACAAUGUGUGGGCAUUGAUG